CGUGCACUAUGUACGCUGGCAGCAAUAAACCAAUCAGAGAACAUUACGUAAUACGUACAGUACGUACGCUUACCUCCGCCAUGCCUCCGGUAGGUAUACUACCGGUAUGUUGCAAAACAUUUGUUUCUUCCUAACCAUUAUGCGCUCCACACUCCAGUCCAGUGGGUGGCAGUAAAUGCACCUUAAGUUGGUUUGCCAUCCGCCAAUAAAAAUCAGAAGAAGAAGAAGACAACAUUUGUUUGUCUAAGGACCCCCGAAAACGGCACCAGUGAAGAGACGUGCUUACGAGGCACAAUUCAACUACAGGCUAUCAGUUACGCAGUUGAAAAUGGGAAUAGAGCAGCUGCGAAAGAAUUCAACAUCAAUGAAUCUAUGGUUCGGAAGUGGAGGAAGCAAGAAAAUGAACUGCGCCAAGUUAAGAAGACACAGUAGAUGAGGACUUUGAUUGAUUUGUGGGAGAAGAUUGAUUAAAAAAUAAUGCAGACAUGUUUGUGCUGAAUGAGAUAAUGAAGUACAUUGAUCUGAGAGGGCCCAGCUUCUGCUUGGCUGUAAUCACCAUCAUCUUCAACCCAGUCUUCUGGAACAUGGUUGCCAGAUGGGAACACAGAACACGAGGACUGACACGCUUGUUCAAAAGCCCGUAUGUGGCCUGCUACAGCCUGGGUGUUGUCAUUCUACUUCUCAAUGUUUACCGCAGUCACAGUAUUACAGUUGCGAUGAAGGAUCAACCUAAGCUGGAGCUGCUGGACAGAGUGCAAGUGUAUUACAUGGGCACAGCUCUCGUGCUAGUCGGCUCACUGUUUGUGAUCAGUAGCUUCCUCGCCCUGGGCUUCACUGGAACGUUCCUUGGAGAUUAUUUCGGUAUCCUGAUGGAGCAGAAGGUGACUGGCUUCCCCUUUGACUUCAUGGAUAACCCAAUGUACUGGGGAAGUACUGCCAACUACCUAGGCCUUGCCUUAAUAAAGGCAAGUCCUGUAGGAGUUCUCCUCACCGCAGUUGUGGCAUUGUGCUACAAAGUGGCCAUCGCAUACGAGGGACCAUUCACUGAGAACAUCUAUCAGCAAAGGAGCCUGUCCUGCAAACGCAAAUAAUUCUUGAGUGUGUUUGCUUAAGGAUCACAGCAGAGCCCCAGACUGGCCAGACUCCACUCUAAAUGUACCUGUUUAUGAAAAAGUGGCAGUGACGAAUUACUACAAUUCCAAAUACAGUAUAUUCUGUUAAUUAUUCAGUGGUUUGGGUAAAUAAAUAUCAGUUUGUCAAUUGUGUAUAACAUUAUGUAUAAAUUGUCUUGUAACAUUAUAAAUUAUAAGUAAGGCAUGUCACCUCCUUACACUUCAACUUCAUAUUGUCUUUACUCAUUCACAUACUUUACACAUGUUAAACAAUAUGAAGUAUAAUUAGGAACAAAGCAAUUUGUUGGCUCAUUUGCCUUUAAAUUAUGUUUUACUGCACAUUACUCAACAAAAGUAAGUGUCACAGAUCCUGGAGAGUCAUUUCCCAAAUGCCAUCUAUGGAAAGUCAACAAAUCAGAUUUUUCCUGUGCACAGCAAGUGCUGCAUCAUGGCUGAGUGCACAAACCCACUCAUUUUAUGGCUGACUGCAUUGUACAUUGCACACUUGUUCAUUACGAUCACAUUGUCCUUCGUUCAGUAUCUGUGUUACACUGUUUGUUUAUCAGAUGAACUUCCUAUAUUAAGGUUUUUCUGAACUCAACUUUACACUGUAGAGGAUGAAUUUUUCCCAGUUUUACUGUACAAUAAAACCAGCCUUAAAUUUU